AUGAGGAGUCGUUACCAACUUCUUCAGAAGGAUAGCAAAAAGCCACUUGUCUCCUCUAGAAAGAUUAGUUGGGUUAAGGAUCAAAGUCUGGUGGCCUAUAGAUUAGAGGAUCGAGAAGCUAAACAGACGGGUCGCAAUGAAGAAGCCUCUACAAUGCCCCAGAAGAAGAAAGCUAGGACAUGCAAGGCACGGUCAGCUAAUAAGCAAUCAGAGAUGCUUUCACCAGUUCCACCUUAUCAUAAAUCCAGUGAUGUGCCCGAAGACUUACAGCACAAGAGAAUCCUUCAACCUUGCUCAAAGUGA